AAUAAUCGCGAUCAACUAUUUUGGAGCAAUCUUUUUUCAUUGAACCAUUAAGUAAAAUGAAAUAAGAUACUUAAAUCGAUUUACGCUUUUUGUAUUUUUAUAAAAUGGGACAAUAAGUUUUUAUUCCAAAUUGUUUUAUAAUGACUGCAAAAGGUCUUUCACAGUCAGGUAGUAUUCAGGAAGUUAUGAUAGAUACGACGUACAUGUACAUCGUUUGGUGAAUGUUUAAACAAAAUGGUGGAUUGUUUAUAUUUUACAAUAUGGAUCGCGGUGAUGGUUCCUAUUGUGAGUGCGUAUGACACGUGCGAAGAUGGAUCAUUGAAUGGAGUAAAGUGCCCUACUGGUUGUUGCUAUGACAACGAUUUCCCAGGCUUUUGGAAAUGUUGUGAGAGAUAUUAUGACUUCAACCCACAUUCAACUAGGCCUGUGUUCAUUGAAAUAGGAGGAGUCAUCGGCGGGCUUCUGGUCAUUAUAUUCGUCUUCAUUUGCUGUUGUAUAUGCUGUAUGAAGUUACGUAGAACACAAGCACACACCGACCAAACGGAAACAGCGUCCGUAUGUCAGCAGUCUAACCGAGCCCAGCCUCUCCAGCCCCUUCAGGCCAUUUCAGGCAAUGUCGUUAGAAACGACAUAGCGUUUCAGGAUCCACCACCAUAUGAGCUAUCGGGAGCUAAUUAUUCUAGCGAGUCAUUCCACCAAGUCGUUCAUAUGCAGUCGGUCAUUGACGCUGGAAACAGAAUAGGGAAGCCACCACCUUAUGAACUAGGGAGAGAUAAUUAUUCUAACGAGCCAUCCCUUCAAACCGGAAAUAUGGUCCAGAGCUCUUCCCUCAGCAACAACGUGGCGGAGCCACCGCCUUAUGCAGAAGUCGUCGCAAAUUAUAAUCACCUUUAAUUGUUGGUUAAAGGUUCGAGACAUGUAUUAACAAUGUAUUUAUUCUAACAAACAUUGAAACGGGGAGAGACUCCAUUUUUAUUGCCGAACGUCUGUUGAGUAAACGAAGUAUUCCCUUAGUUUUCCUAGUAUUGUGUACGCGAACACAUUGAAAAUGGUUAUUGAUUAUCCACAUCUAAAAAAAUAUAUCAUUCGACAAACGCACUUGAUUAUUAAAAGGCCGAAAGUACAUAGUAACAUGCGAUUCGAAUGUAAAGGUCGGUAACCGGGAUCGGUUAUGACGUUAUGGUCAGUAUCCAAUGUUGAUUGAGUUAAUUAAAUUCAUUAAUUUAAAAUAGAAAUAUGACAUAUUUAAAAACAAAUGCAUUAUAAACAGCAUGUACCUUACGUUAUAUCGUUUUUAUACUAACACUACAUGUUUAUCCCAAAUCAAUAUUUUUUUCUCUUUCAUUUUUUAUUAAUUUACUUUCCAGAUCAUUUUAAUCACCUUACACAUGAAGCUUAUGAAUUAAUUAAUGGUGUCAAAAUAUGUUGUUAAUUGUUUGUAUUUGUAUAAAUUAUGUAUAUUAAGAGUAUGCUCAUGUAAAGGUUUAAAAUAAACACAUCCGUCCAUCAGAUCUUUAAAUUGUCAGCAUGGUUUCAUGUUGUUUUUUAAAAAACGUACUACAACUGUUGUACUACUAAAGUGGAGUGGACUUCGUGAAUGUUCUCUACGUGGACUCAACUGCGAACAGAACAUCAUCUUGACAUGUACAGUGACUUGUUUUGUUACAGUUUAAAGUUUCUUGGCAUCUAUGCUUUUUUCCCAUGAGCCGGUUUAGCCGCCUUUGCAAUUCUUUAAGGGCCUUCCACAUUGCAAAACUUAGUUUGAAGGACAAAACAAUUAAUGUUUAAUAAAAAUCUAUAUAUAUAUAUAGUUAUGAGGUUCAAUAUUUAGCAAGCAUAAAACAUGCAUCCGCUGCAACAUGUGUAGGAGUUGAGUAACUUUUAUCGUAAAUGGUGUAUCCGAUUUUCAAUCAAAAAGCAUUUACAUUCUUUUUUUGUAACCAGAAAAUGAGUUUAAUGCACUAUUUUGCAUUAUUUUCUUGAAUGUCCUUCUUAUUUGAAAAUAUAUCAUCAAGACAUUGUAGAUUGUCUGGAGCUUUUUUCACAAAUAUAUUUCUGAAUAAAAUGCAAAUGCGCUUUGAACCAAAAUCUUAUAAAAUCUUUCUUUCGUAAAAUUUGCUCAACUCCUUAUUACCCCAAAACAUGUUGCAAAGGAAGUUUGUUCUACUCCUGAAAAAGAUUGUUCCUAAAAAUAGGUUGAACAUGAACUUUUCAAAGGUUUUAAUUUUUGGCCUUCCCCACCCACUUUUGCAUUGUGGAAGAUCCUUAACGGAGUAGCCAUGUAGCAAACAAUUAGUAUGAGUGUUGAUAUUUACCUGGAUUAAACCAAUCAUUUUCAC